AUGGCUUUCUUAACGCCCAACACUGGGUCGUUUUUACUCAUAGCAUGCAUCUUGCUCAUUGUUCUCCCUGGCCCAGCAGCAGCAUUUGGUGCUGGUAACAUCCCCAGUAUAUCUAAUAUUGAGGGCAAAAACUUUCGUCAUGGUGAUAUCGAGGAUAUGCUUAAAACUGUUGCUUUCAUUAAGGGUCAUAAGUGGACUAGCAUGAUGAUUAAGAGGGUUUACUUUGGUAACUGGUUACGAGAUUAUUCUCAAGCAGUUGAUGUGGGAAGUUUGAAAGGAGUGUCAGCACCUACUAUUCGUAUUUUGGUUUGGGUUUUGAGUUUCUUGUCUUUUGGUUAUGCUACUGCAGAAUUUGAGGUCACAGAAGAACGUCUUGGCGUUUAUAGACCCGAAGAGCACAUCGACAACCCCAAAGGUUAUGCUGAUAAUCAGGAUGCAAGAACCUUCGACCCUAGGCUUCGUGGUCCUAUUAACCCAGUGGAACUAGAGAUCGACCCAAAUACAGGCAUGAAGAAUUAUAUUGCGAAUGAAAGUGGGGGUUGGGCUACCAGUGCUGGCUAUGUCAAAUUCAGCUUUGCAAGAAGUAUCCACUUUGGUAGACUGUAUACCAGCGGUUCGCAUGGUAAAGGCAAAGAGGAAGAUCUAUGUGAAGCCCUUCGAUGUCUUGGACAAGCCCUACACUGCAUGGAAGACUUUGGAGCGCAUACAAAUUAUUGCGAGUUAGCCUUGAGAGAAUUAGGGUAUCGUGAUGUAUUUCCACAUUGUGGUGCCAAUGCGGAGAUUAACAUUCGUGGUCACCAUGUUUAUCCUCUAGUUACAGGCACAUUUGGAGCGGUUGAUUUCCUGCACUCUGUUCUUGGUGAAGCAAAUGAUCAUUUUACCCAAACCGAAGUCGAAGAAAUGGAUCUUGCUCUAGGUGGAGCGCAAAAGGCUCAACAAAGUGGCGGGGGCGACGGUCAGCGUGGUUUAUUUGGAUCUGGAAGUAGUGGCACAGACUUUGUGGGCCUUCUUUCUCAGAUUCCUGGUAUGGGAGGUGGAUUAGCAAGUACAGCACGAGAUCUUCAAGCUCAAUCAGCUGCUCAAGAAUACCAAAACUCCAAUCAACUGACCAGAGCUGACGGAAACACUUUUAAUGCUCCGCCUGGCUCUACAGGUGGCCCCCCAGGUCCGGGUGUUCCAGGAAUGAGCCCCGAUUUCGAUCCCGUCGCAACUGCGAAAAAGAUUUAUCCUAUUCUCGAAUUUAGAGAUAAGAUUGUGAGAGCAAUUAACAAUACAAUUGCUAAAAUCCCCGGUCUUGAAUCAUUGGUCGAGAAGAUCAGUGAGACCUUGACUGUGUUUAUCCUAUCUUUACUCGCACCAUUUGUUCGACCUAUCAUCGAUGCUGUGUCUGAUAGUUUGAGAAAGGGGUCUAGUACAGUUGUCGAAGCCAGCGCAAACUCUCAAUUUGAGCCAUGGAACGACCCACAUUGCACUGACCCAACUCACUCUAUGCUUUCCAAGGAUCAUUUUUCUAAUGUCUUGAAUUCAUGUGCUGGGAGAGUGGCUUCCACUAUCUUGCAAUACGUAACACCUCGUAUACUAUUCGCCUGGCAAAACCCAGGCGUCCCCGUUGAUGAGGUCAUGAAUGAUAUUCUACGCACCUUCCAUCACCCGGCUCUGCGCGAUGAACAUGUUGAAAUCCAAAAGAAAAUGUUCGAUACUGUGAAAAGCUGGGUGAAAGAACAGCCAAAUGCCCAAAGUUUAAACCAUGUCCUUGGUUCAGAAUCCGUGAAGGCUGGUAGAAACCACACUGGCUCAGAACAACACGACCAUAAUCAUGGUGCGCUAGGUGGUCAUGGUAAAACCUCAGGAUCUAUCUGGUCAGAAAUUAAAACUAGGGAUCUAGGAGCAAUGGAGGGAUUGGAUACGAAACCAUCAUACAUAAACCCUUCCGCAAUUCCAGGUUCCCCGGGAAAACACAUCGUCCCAAAUUACGGAUAUGGAAACACAGGUCCUACUCAACAAACUCAAGGUGGGAAUGCCUAUCUCGAGCCAAGUUAUCAACAGCCAGGUGGAUAUGCGUCUCAACAACCUCCAUACCAACAAUAUGGAGGCUAUGAACAACAACAGCAGCAGCAACCAUAUAGUCAACAAUAUGGAGGUGCCCAACCUAACAGCUACGAACAAGGCCCUCCACCGGGAGAGCAAUGGAAUCAAGGUCCUCCACCUUCCGGUCAAUGGGGUCAACAGGGACCACCUCCCCCGGAUCCAUGGGGUCGAGAUGCUCCUCAAACUCAAUAUCAAUCUCAGCAUGGAUACCAAGACCAGCAAUAUCCACCUCAGCAACCUCCUUAUGGUGGACAAGGUGGGUAUCAGUAUCCACCAGGUGGUAGUGGAUAUGGGGGCUACUAA